CCUGCCCCGAACCGCCUCUGCCCGCCCCCACCGCGGCCCAACUUGGAUGGAGUUGGGGUCCUGAGCUCCUGCUCCUCGUAGCCGGCCAGCGGAGAGCCCCGCGCCGCCACCUCCGGUCCGGGACCCCUUCUCCGCUCCUCUCCGCUCCCGCAAUGGGAAAAGUUGGCGCCGGCGGCGGCUCCCCAGCCGGGCUGAGCGCGCUCCUCGCCGGCGCGGGGCUCUUAGUCCUCUGCGCCCCGGGCGCCUGCGGCGGCGGCGGCUCCUGCGGUCCCCCGCUGCACCCCAGCUCGGCCCCACGCUGGGCUCCGACCCGAGGGGGGCUUCCUCACCUGGGGCCGCGAGGCAGGGCUCCUGCCACGCCCCUGCUCGGACGCCCCGUGUUUGCAGUGGCCCCCGGAGACCGAGCGCUGUCCCUGGAGCGGGCCCCGGGCACUGGGGCGUCGGUGGCGAUUGCUCCACGCUCUGGCCGGAGGAGACGGAGUGGAGAGGAUCAAGAGAAGGCGGAACGGGGAGAGGGCACGAGAAGACGCCCCCGGGGAGUGCUAAGGGACAGAGGGCAGCAGGAGCCUGGGACUCUGGAGCGGGACCCGGACAAAGCCACUCGCUUCCGGCUGGAGGAGCUGAAACUGACCAGCACUACGUUCGCGCUGACAGGCGACUCAGCACACAACCAAGCCAUGGUCCACUGGUCUGGCCACAACAGCAGCGUGAUUCUCAUUUUGACAAAGCUCUAUGACUAUAACCUGGGGAGCAUCACGGAGAGCUCGCUUUGGAGGUCAACCGAUUAUGGGACAACCUAUGAGAAGCUGAAUGAUAAAGUUGGGUUGAAAACAAUUUUAAGCUAUCUCUACGUGUGUCCUACCAACAAGCGUAAGAUUAUGUUGCUCACAGACCCGGAGAUUGAGAGCAGUUUACUGAUCAGCUCGGACGAAGGGGCAACCUAUCAAAAGUACCGGCUGAACUUUUACAUCCAGAGCUUACUUUUCCACCCCAAGCAAGAGGACUGGAUUCUGGCAUACAGCCAAGACCAAAAGUUAUACAGCUCUGCUGAAUUUGGGAGAAGGUGGCAGCUUAUCCAGGAAGGGGUCGUACCGAACAGGUUCUACUGGUCUGUGAUGGGGUCGAACAAGGAACCAGAUCUUGUGCAUCUCGAGGCCAGAACUGUGGAUGGUCAUUCACAAUACCUAACCUGCCGAAUGCAGAACUGCACAGAGACCAGCAGAAACAAACCUUUCCCAGGCUACAUUGACCCAGACUCUUUGAUUGUCCAGGAUGAUUAUGUGUUUGUUCAGCUGACAUCAGGAGGACGGCCACACUACUACGUUUCCUACCGAAGGAAUGCGUUUGCCCAAAUGAAGCUGCCCAAAUAUGCUUUGCCCAAGGACAUGCAUGUCAUCAGCACUGAUGAGAACCAAGUGUUCGCAGCGGUCCAAGAAUGGAACCAAAACGACACAUACAACCUCUACAUCUCAGACACCCGUGGUGUCUACUUCACUCUGGCCUUGGAGAAUGUCCAGAGCAGCAGAGGCCCUGAGGGCAACGUCAUGAUCGACCUCUAUGAGGUAGCAGGGAUAAAGGGAAUGUUCUUGGCUAACAAGAAGAUUGACAACCAAGUGAAGACUUUCAUCACGUACAACAAAGGCAGAGACUGGCAUUUGCUGCAGGCCCCGGACAUGGACCUAAGGGGGGACCCUGUGCACUGCUUGCUGCCCUAUUGCUCACUACACCUUCAUCUUAAGGUCUCUGAGAAUCCCUACACAUCAGGGAUCAUUGCCAGCCGAGACACAGCUCCCAGCAUCAUAGUGGCUUCAGGUAACAUAGGUUCUGAGUUGUCAGACAGCGACAUCAGCAUGUUUGUCUCUUCAGAUGCAGGGAACACUUGGAGGCAGAUCUUUGAAGAAGAGCACAGCGUUUUGUAUCUGGAUCAAGGUGGAGUUCUGGUUGCUAUGAAGCAUACGUCUCUCCCGAUUCGACAUCUCUGGUUAAGUUUUGAUGAAGGGAGAUCUUGGAGCAAAUACAGUUUCACAUCUAUUCCACUUUUUGUGGAUGGAGUUCUGGGUGAGCCCGGGGAAGAGACUCUAAUCAUGACAGUGUUUGGACACUUCAGCCACCGCUCUGAAUGGCAGCUGGUCAAAGUAGACUACAAGUCCAUUUUCGAUAGGCGCUGUGCUGAGGAGGACUACAGACCCUGGCAGCUGCACAGCCAGGGGGAAGCAUGCAUCAUGGGAGCGAAAAGGAUAUAUAAGAAGAGAAAAUCAGAGCGGAAAUGUAUGCAAGGGAAAUAUGCAGGAGCUAUGGAGUCUGAACCCUGUGUCUGCACAGAGGCUGAUUUUGACUGUGACUAUGGUUAUGAGCGACACAGCAAUGGUCAGUGCCUGCCAGCCUUUUGGUUCAAUCCAUCUUCUCUGUCGAAGGACUGCAGCUUGGGACAGAGUUACCUCAAUAGUACUGGGUAUAGAAAGGUGGUUUCCAAUAACUGCACUGAUGGGGUGAGAGAACAGUACACGGCCAAACCACAGAAGUGCCCAGGGAAGGCCCCGCGGGGGCUCCGGAUCGUCACCGCUGAUGGAAAGCUGACAGCGGAACAAGGGCACAAUGUUACUCUCGUGGUGCAGCUGGAAGAGGGUGACGUCCAGAGGACAUUCAUCCAAGUGGACUUCGGGGAUGGCAUCGCAGUGUCUUAUGUCAACCUCAGCUCCAUGGAAGAUGGGAUCAAACACGUCUAUCACAAUGUGGGCAUUUUCCGAGUGACCGUGCAGGUGGACAACAGCCUGGGGUCUGACAGCGCCGUCCUGUACUUACAUGUAACUUGUCCCCUGGAGCAUGUACACCUGUCUCUUCCCUUCGUCACCACGAAGAACAAAGAGGUCAACGCGACUGCUGUGUUGUGGCCCAGCCAAGUGGGCACGCUCACUUACGUGUGGUGGUACGGAAACAACACCGAGCCCCUGAUCACCUUGGAGGGAAGCAUAUCAUUCAAGUUUACUUCCGAAGGGAUGAACACCAUCACAGUGCAAGUCUCAGCUGGGAAUGCUAUCCUGCAGGACACGAAGACCAUCGCAGUAUACGAGGAAUUCCGAUCUCUUCGCCUGUCCUUUUCUCCAAACCUGGACGACUACAACCCGGACAUCCCUGAGUGGAGGAGAGACAUCAGCCGAGUCAUCAAAAAGUCCCUGGUGGCGGCCACCGGGGUUCCGGGCCAGCACAUCUUGGUGGCGGUGCUCCCUGGCUUACCCACCGCUGCCGAGCUCUUUGUCUUGCCCUAUCAGGAUCCCACAGGAGAAAACAAAAGGUCAGCCGAGGACCUGGAGCAGAUAUCGGAACUGCUGAUUCACAAGCUCAACCUGAACUCUGUGCACUUUGAGCUGAAGCCUGGAGUCCAAGUCCUUGUUCACGCGGCUCACUUAACAGCAGCCCCGCUGGUGGACCUCACUCCAAGCCACAGUGGCUCCGCCAUGCUCAUGCUGCUGACCGUGGUGUUUGUGGGGCUGGCGGUGUUCGUCAUCUACAAGUUCAAAAGGUGCGUGUCCCUCCAUCCAUGUCUCCCCCGCCACCUUCUCCCUGACAGGUUCAGAAGCAUUUGUCGCAGCGAUGUACGUGUCCCGUGCACAGCAGUGAUGGUUUCUGUUAAUGUUUUAGGAAGAUCCCGGGGAUUAAUGUUUAUGCCCAGAUGCAGAAUGAGAAAGAACGAGAGAUGGUCAGUCAAGUCAGUCACCCUGAAAGCAGGCCCCAUAUCCCUCAGACUGAACUCAGGCGGCCUGGCCAGCUGAUAGAUGAGAAGGUGGAGUCCCAGCUCAUAGGACUUGAAGCUGUAAAUGUUCCCAUCUAGACCCUGCAUUGCUGACUCUGAUGGAUAAAUUAUUAUAUAAGCAUUCGUGCUUCACUCUGAUGUGAUAAUGCCAAAUCACCUAGAACGUCCUAUGACUGUUAAUCUGGUACCUGGGGGAAAAAAAUGAGUACUUAAAGGGAAACAGAACCCUCUCUUUAAAUGAACAUGGGAGCGUUCUGUGGCUGUAUUAAGGGGAAAUUUCAAUGUGCUGCCUGGCUCAUGUCAGAGGUAAUAAUAACAAUGGCCCCUGCAUCUGGUGUCCAGUUUUCACAGUGUGCUUCCUUUUAUUUGGGGAGACGGUGAUAAAUGCGUAAUUGCCUUGGGUUAAAAAGAAAAAGGCUUUUCUGUCUUCAAGUCCAGAGAAGUGUUCACCCUAUUUACUUCUAAAGCUUCUAAGUGCAUUUUUGUGGGCCAUUUGGUUUUCAGUCCCAUUUCCAUGGGGUAUGAAGCACAGCCGCUGUUUGCUUCAUUAAAGUAGCAAUCCCUCCUUCGCCAGGAGCGGCUCCCAGCACAUUAUACCGUCUCUGACACCUUCCAUUGCCAGUGUCAUUAAAUGAGUAAGUGUUACACGUUUUCUCUUAGGAGAGUAGCUUUACCCUCCCCUUCCUCCCCUUCUACUCAACCUGGUGACUCAUCUCUCCGGUUGCAAAGAGCAAGACACGCCACUCCACCUUCAACGCCAAAGCGGGGAUCUGCUGGGGCUCAAUUUGCCAUUUAAGGAAAACCCCCAAAGGCUACAGGCGACCUGCUGAUCAGGAAAGAAUUUCGCUCUUGUCAAGUGCAUCCUUCUCCAUGACCACUAACUUUGUGUUUUUCUUCUUUGUUGUUCUGUUUCCUAUUUUGCCAGGAAGUAUUUCCAUAGUUGCUGAGAAUCAAAGCACAAAAGAAAUCCCUACCUAUGUAAAUGUUUGACUGGAGGACGCCAGUAAAAACAAAAACAAACAUAAAAUAAAAACAAUCAAAAUCUAAACAAACAAACAAACAAACACUCACUGCAUCGGGACUUUUUAAUUCUUCAGACACAGACAACAAAGGUUUUUAGCUUUAAGCCUGUGCAUGUGGACAGUACCUUGAGAACAUGCUUGGAGGGGCAGUGUACAGGUGCUCUAUUUUAAUGGAAAAAACACUCCCCUUCCCCUUUCUUCUCCUCUCUCUUUUUUCUGAUUGGUUGUGUUUGUAGAAAAUUCCUAACAUAUAUAGGCCAAGGAAAUCUGCAUGUAUUUUUGGAAAUAUUCUUGGCUGUAGAUUUAACAGCUAUUUUAGCACUACAGGCUGAUGGGUGGAUUAGCCACCCCAGCCGUUUUCACGAGACACAAAGACAUGCACAGGAGUUUGAAACCCUGGGCUGUUUCUCUGUUCCACUUUACUUGUUGCCAUUUUUCCCUUCUAAGUUAUCUUCGUGAGCUCUGCUGGCCGGCAGGGGCCACAGGUUGCCUUCUCCAUUCUGUACGGCCACAGGGACAAAGAAGCAAGUUCAAGUUCCAUGGAUGCAGGCAGAAUAGGGAAGGAAGGAAGGCAGUCGGGCAGGAGUGUCAAAAGUGGACCUGUGUUUCCUGUUCCCCCCUCCCCAUCACGACAGCUUCCCCCUGUAGCUUUCCCUACUCCUGCCCUGUGUAGAAAACAGAAUCCCAGUUCCCCUGCAUUCUUACCUUCCCAUUUGUUUGCUCUCCACGUGUGGUCAUGAUCUGUCAAGGUCUUUGUGUCUCUCCCUUCCCGUCCCCAAGUUAUCCUUCAACUGCUCCUGCCUUUUCUUCCCAAACAUGUUGCUAGAUUCUGGACAUUCAUCGUGAUGUUCCUUAAAUACUGGCCUCGCCUCUGGCAACCCUGCCUCCACCACCCAAAGCUAAUGAUCUCUCUGUCAACUUUGCCCACGCCCAUGCAUGCAGCCUUCAUACACGCUGACCCAGCGGCAUCCUGCCCUGCAGGGUUCAGCUUCAUGUAUUUUUUUUUUUUUUUUUUUGUAUCCUCCUGUAGACCUGCCUCUUCCAAAUAUCCUUGCCUUUCCCCCCUGGAAACAUAUAAUGUGUGUGAAAGAGUUGAGAUAUGCAAAGCAAUUCAAACCUGGCCCAGGUACCUUAGAAAAGAAAGCAUACAGAUGAAUAGUGGUUUUGUCACACCUUAACAAAAAUCUCCUGCAGUCAGAUUCCGGAAGAUUCUUGUAAGAAAUGUUUUGAAUGUGUUACUAUGUGGCAGGGCAAUUUCCUCCUGUGAUGGUUGCUAUUACCCAGUAUUUCCCCUCUCACAGUAGAGUGAAAAUAUUUGUAAAAUGAAACCGAUGUUAAGCAGAAGAAGAAGCAGGUUAAUGGAUUUGAUGUUUGGGUGUCAAAAAGUCUUGAGAAUAUAUGGAGGUCUUGUCUUAUAUUAGGAUGGGAUUGUGAUUAUGUAAGAUGACCCUAGACGUCUUACAUGUGUGCUCUCUGAUCUCUGAGCAUAGUAUCAGCAAAGGAAAAUUUAAUAAGCAUAAAGGGGAGGAGUUAUCAGACUCAAGCAGAUUGGCUCAAAGCAUGAAGAAAUCCCAGUUCUCCCAGGGCCAUCAUGAAAGAAGGUCCAGAGAAAGAGGGAAACAAAAGUAUGUGCAGCAGGAGCCCUUGGAGUAUUAUGGAUUGGAUAAAGCCCACUCUAAAAUGUAGGAGAAAGUGGUUUCAAAAGAUCACUCAGAGUGUAGCCUCCUACUUGGCCAUGGCCCCAGGCCAGCGUCAGGGUAUAACAGGGCCCUGGGGACAGUGGGGGUGCCCUAAAGAUCCUGACGACUACUGCCCUUGUGUAGCUGAAGUAGGGGAAGAGUAGCAACACUUCAGUCAGAAGUUAAUCAAGCAGAAGAUUUUAUGGUUGAAGAUGCUCGGUAUGAAUCUGGGAAACGGAUUAUGCCUAAGGCAGCCGUCUAUUUGUGGAACUCAAAUGGUCCCCAACCUGCCAGGCUUCCUAGCCCAUAGGAAACAUCCUCAUUAAAUCUCCCAAAUUUAAUCUGGAAAACAGAGUGUUUGGAAACCAAAAGAGGCUCAUUCACAACAGUACAGGGAGUCCUCAGAGUUGCAGUUCAAUUAAUUUUCAUUGUUAAACUAUGAAAAAGGGAAUAACACUCCAUCUAGCACAGUGCCUUGCCUAGAGUAGGUAUUAAGAAAGUUAUUUGUUGAAAGAAUAAAUGAAUGAAUACAUGAGAAGACAUAGGGAAGAAGGGCUUGUAAGUCCUAACCUAAAAUAGAGGUGGACAUGAGAUGCCUGGCAUUUUGGAAAGUGAUCAGAGAUGGCCGGUUCUAGAUUCAGCAUCUCCAGGGUCCUCGUGCCUCUCCUCAGAGCUCCCUCUAACCUGUAGGAGACUAGUGAGGCACAGUACUGCUCAGAGGGGACCUUAUUGUUCUUACGAUCUAGCUCCAUGGCUCUCGAAGCGUGGUACCCAGACCAACAGUAUCAGCAUCACCUCGGACUUGUUAGAAACACAGAUUUUGGGUCCCACCGACCCCAGACCUACUGAAUUAGAAACUCCAGGGUUGCGGCCCAGCAAUCUGUUUUUACAAGCUCUUCAGGUGAUUGUGAAAUACACUAAAGUUUGAGAACCACUGUACUAGGCCAUGCCAGCUCAAUCCCGAAGAGAAGGUAGUAAUGAGAAGCUGCCAAUGGGAGGGGACCCAAGUGCCUACCUACUCAACAAGAGCAGGUGCAGACACAAUGAGGAGUUUGGUAGGCGUGAGGCCAGAGGAAUGGGUGGGGAGGGAUGGAUGUGGAAGGUAAGAUUCAGGGCAAGCUACAAAUCUGAUAUUGCAAUGUUUUCCAAAAUCCCGGAAGGCAAACUGUGCAUGCUCUACCCUGAACUACCCAACCAACAUUUUCUCCUUUGCCUUAUUUUUAAUUGGAUUCACUGUCCAAAAUGCACAGGUUUGCUUUGCUUUUUUUCAGAAGUUCCAAACAGCAACUUUGAGAGGAAUGGGGUGCUUGGCAGCUGUUCUGUGUUUUCCAGAAUUCCAACUGAGCAUUGAAAUUCCCUCAUUUGCCAACUUAUUUUUAUAGGAAGUCAAUUUAAAAAAAAAAAAAAAAAGUUUUCUUAUAGUAUUGGAACUACUUCUAAUUUUAAAAUGACUUUUUUGAUGUAUUUUUUGUUAUAUACUAUGUAGUGUAAUGUAUAAUUGCUCUU